AGCCUAGUUGUUGCACCAGGGAAAGCUUUCGUUAGCACUGCAAGGUUUGUGGCCACCCAAAGUCCAGGUGCUUCGCAGAGAUCCUUCCAUCCUGCUGGACCACAGCCGAGAGAUGCCAGAGGGACACGCAGCAGGGCCUCAGGCAGGAAGGCCCCUUCAGGCCGUCCUUGCUGGGAGUCCUGGGGAAUUCUGGGAAAGGGCAGCGCAGACAGUGCUGGCGGAGGAUGCCAUCGGCUCCAAUGAGCAACACCAGUGCUUCCGGCAGUUCCGCUACCAGGAGGCCAAGGGGCCCCGGGAAGUGUGCAGCCAGCUCUACAGUCUUUGCCACCGGUGGCUGAAGCCGGAGCAACACUCCAAGAGCCAGAUGCUGGACCUGGUGAUCCUGGAGCAGUUUCUGGCCAUCCUGCCCCCGGAGAUGGAGAGCUGGGUCAGAGAAUGUGGAGCAGAGACCAGUGCCCAGGCGGUGGCCCUGGCCGAAGGCUUCCUCUUGAGCCAGGCAGAGGACAAGACCCAAGAAGAGCAGAGGAGUUUUGAUGAGCUGAGGGUGUGUGAUGUGAUGCUGUCACUGAAUCUGGACACUAAUUUCUCCGAAGCAGAGGCGGCUUCAUCAGAUUCCAGGCAGAAUUCACUUUUCCAGAGGAUCAGGGAGGAAUGUGGAAGAAAUGCCAGCUUCUUGGGCAGCAGAAAGUCUCCGGAGAGCCCGGCUUGGUUGCCUCUUCUGGGUGGUGCGGUGGAGCCGGCUUCUGUGCAGCCAGAUCAGAGCCCAGUGACCUUCGAGGAGGUGGCAGUGUGCUUCACGGAGGAGGAGUGGGCACUGCUGGAUCCGGGCCAGAGAGCCUUGCAGUGGGAAGUCAUGGUGGAGAAUUACGGGAUUCUGACCUCCCUGGCAGGGGAUGGAUGGAACUACAAGAAUGAGGAAGAACCAUGCAGAGAAUCUUUGGAAAGAGCCAAAUGGACAGAGGUGGGACAGCAAGGAAGGGAAACCAAGCUGAAAAAGAAGGAGGAGCAAAGCAGUGACUUUCACAAUGCAGCAGUCCAAGGAAAGGUGGACAAUGAAAAGAGAAGGAGCAUCUGCAACGUCUGUGGGAAAAGUUUUAGCCGUAAAUCUCACCUUAACGAACAUAAAAGAAUCCACACAGGGGAGAAGCCGUACAGCUGCUCCGAAUGCGGAAAGAGCUUCAGGCGGAGCACAGACCUCACCUCACAUCAGAGAACCCACACGGAAGAGCAGCCGUUUAAAUGCUCUGAAUGUGGAAAGAGUUUCAGGGGCAGUUCCGACCUGAGGUCCCAUAAGCGCAUCCACACUGGGGAGAAGCCGUACGCCUGUUCCUUGUGCGGGAAGAGCUUCAGCCACAGCAUCAGCCUCAGUUCCCACCAAAGAAUCCACACGGGGGAGCAGCCCUUUAAAUGCACCGUGUGUGGGAAGAGCUUCACGCGGAACACAGGCCUGACGUUGCAUCAGCGCAUCCACACGGGAGAGAAGCCCUACACGUGCGCCUUGUGCGGGAAGAGCUUCAGCCACAGCAAAAGCCAUGCCAUCCACCUCAAAGUGCACGCUGGGGAGAAGCCAUACACUUGCCCGGAGUGUGGGAAAAGCUUCAUAGGGAGUUCAUACCUUAAGUCACACCAGAGAAUACACACAGGGGAGAAACCAUACAUGUGUGCCGUGUGUGGGAAGCGAUUCAGCAAAUCGCACCUUAAUGAACAUAAACGGAUUCACACAGGGGAGAAACCAUACCAGUGCUCAGAGUGUGGGAAGCGCUUCCGUCGGAGGGAACACCUGACAUCACAUCAGAGAACGCAUACGGAGAAACCAUAUAAGUGCUUGCAGUGUGGGAAAAAUUUCAGACACAGCAAAAGUCUUACCUCGCAUCAGAGCAUACACAGCAGGGAAUUCUCAGGGUGUGGGAAAAGUCUGGCCUUACAUCAUGGAACCCACUCAGAGGAGAAGCCAUUUAGCUGUUCCGACUGUGGAAAGAGCUUCAGCCAGAAGACACAUCUCAGGUCACAUCAGAGAAUCCACACGGGUGAGAAGCCAUAUAUGUGUCCAUUGUGUGGAAAGAGCUUCACCCACAGCAAAAGCCUCAGCUCCCAUAGAAUCACUCAUACAAAGGAAAAGCCAUUUAAGUGUUCCAAGUGCAACAAGAGCUUCAGCUGGAGCACAAGCCUUACCAUACAUCAAAGAAUACACACAGGGGAGAAGCCAUUCACCUGCUCCCUCUGUGGGAAGACCUUCAGUCACAGAAGAAGCCAUGCCAUCCAUCUAAAAGUGCACGCAGGGGAGAAACCAUUUACAUGCUCAGAGUGUGGUAAAAGCUUCAUUGGGAUUUCCUACCUGAAGACACAUCAGAGAAUCCACACGGGGGAGAAGCCAUACACGUGCUCUGUGUGUGGUAAGCAUUUCAGGCGGAGCACACAUUUUAAAGAACAUAAAAAGACCCACACAGAGGAGAACCCUGUCACUCUUGGAAACUAGUGGGUUGUGGAAAGAACUGGGGAAGAACAGAUCUCUAUGUUGGGGGAGUCAUUCCAUGGAGAAACCACAUGCAUAGACUAGAGCAUUUUUGACACAUCAGACUGGAAAAACAUGGGAGAAAUUCUAUGAAUGUUCAGAAAUGUGGCAGACACUCCCAUCAGCCUUCCCAUGAUGACAUAAGGAGAAUGAGUAGGUCUGGGAAAGAGCCGGACGACGUCUGAGUGGCAUUCCUGUGGGGCACACACCUAGAUCCGAGCAUGCAGCUUCCGUCACAGGCAAAGAAACCUCCGAACGUUCCGGCCGGUCCUUUCCCUCAGUGUCACUUCAGCCUGAUCUCAGCUGAUCAGGAGCUUGGGCCAGAGAGCGUUGGAGACUCCUGUCCUUGCUGUGAGAUCUGGUGGCAGCUGGUUGGCCACUGUCUGAACAGGAUGAUGGGCCAGAGGGACCUGUGGUCUGAUGACUCUCUGUCUGCUUCAUGUUACUCAAUCAUCUGCAUCAUGUUCCCCACUUACACAAGCGCUUCUGGAGAGAAAUCCCACAAGCAUGCCAAGUCCUGGGGCUGGUGGGGCAUGAUCAGGUUCGGUUUUUAC